AUGUCUUUUUUUCAGAUUAUGGCUUUCCUCAUCAGCCUGAUCAUUCUGCCCACCUCGACAGCCUCAGCUCUUAUUUUUCCCUAUAAUUCUCUUCUGAGAGAGUCCAGAGAUGAAGCUGAAUCAUCGGGUGGCGGACCUGACCAAGCUGUGAAAGGAAUGGUUAAGGUUGUCCAGCUAGACCCUCGUAACCUGGUCAGUUCAGCGUUCUUCAGGAGAGGACUUAAUCAGAGGGGAGCUCCUUUCCACCAGUCCAGACUGUCCUUCCCUGCCUUUCUGUCUCGCGGCCGUCCAGGUCCUGCCCAAGCCCCCAAGGAUGCUACAAGUCCACUACGCCACCUGCGCCCUAAACGACCCACAGAGGCAGAUCUGAAAAAGAAACAAGGACUGCAGAUGUGGCAGGAGGUCAUGGAUAAAGGAGGGAAGGUGUCACUGCCUGUUAGCCUGAAGGAUACUAAGCAAACAUGCACUGCGGUGCCAUUUACUCAGCAUGUGACGGCAGAUGGAUGCCAAACAGUGACAGUGUACAACAAGCUGUGCUUCGGCCAGUGCAGCUCCCUCUUUGUCCCGUCCGAGGGGGAGUUUGUCGAUCCGAGUCCUGGGACGGGGGCCUUCCGCCGUCGGGCCCCCUGCUCCCGCUGUGCCCCUUUCAAAGCUCAGACAGUCACUGUGCCUCUGCGCUGUGGAGCCCAGGUCUGGGAGAAGAGAGUGAUGGUGGUGGAGGAGUGCAAGUGUGAGACGGGCCGGGAGGAGAGGAGCGCUGAGGCGGCUGCUUACACCCACCUGUAACAGUCCCAGCUGCCAAAAGGACGAAACAUUGGCAUUGAUGUUUGUAGUCGGAUCAACGCGACAUUGCUGCUAAGAAUGGGGCAAUUAUUUUCCAUCACAUGUGCAUCAAGUCCUCUUACUUUUGUUUGCCACUGUGUGUUCUGCUUUAGAUUUGAACAAGUCUGAAUGUGUCAUUCAGAGUAAACUAUUCUGGUGGAGUGUCCCGCCGAUGACUGUUGACAAAUGACCUACUUUGGUCAUGCCGAUUUUUGUUUUUGUGAGGUUCUUAUGUUAUAAUAAGCCUGAAUAAAAACAACUUGUGGUUGCAAAAAUAUAUAAUUUAUUUAAAAUGCCAUUUUUAUACACGGAAAGC